AUGACCAUGCCGUCUCUCCGGCAGGUUAAGGACGCGAAUCUGAAACUGAAAAACGUCAAGCCAGGACUGGUCACAGUCUUCGCGGGUGGAACUAGUGGAAUUGGCGAAAGUACUUGCAGGGAAUUUAUUCGCAACACCGUCCGUCCAAGAGCAUAUAUCAUCGGUCGGAACAAGAUGGAGGCGUCGAGAAUUGUGCAGCAGUUGAAGGAGAUCAACUCCGAGGCCGAAAUUCGCAUCCUCGAAUGCGACUUGACGUUACUGCACAAUGUGGAUCGAAUUUGCAACGAAAUCACAAAGAACGAAAAUUUCGUCAACUUGCUCUUUAUGAGCGCCGGUUUCCUGAGUAUGAAGAGACAAGAAACAUCUGAGGGACUGGACAGUAGGAUGGCUAUCCAGUAUUAUUCAAGAAUGCGGCUUGUCGUCAAUUUGCUGCCUGCUCUGUCUGCUGCGUCCGUCGCGGGCGAACCGGGUCGAGUGCAUUCGGCUCUCAACGCUGGCAAGGAGGGCAAAAUCUUCCUAGAUAAUCUCCUGCUAGAGCAUCACUUCAGCCUAAAGAAUUGUGCUACUCAGGGCAUCACAAUGACCACUCUAGCAUUUGACCAACUUGCACUGAUUCAUCCAGACGUUAACUUCAUCCACACCUCCCCUGGUGUUGUUCGCACCAACAUCACGAAGGGUUUUGGCCCAGUUGUCAGUUUCAUCAGUGGUGUUUUCCUCAUUCUUUUAGCACCUUUUCUGACAACGCCUGUGCAAGAAAGUGGAGAGAGGAAUCUUUAUGCGGUUUUGAGCAAGUGCUAUCGACAUGACCGAGCUAUAUGUAUCCAUCUUGAUCGUUUGUAA